GAUUUCACAUUUUGUGUUGACUGAAAAACAAGCAGACGACUGAGCUGAGCCAAACUUGCAAAAAAUUUUCACGUGUGUAUAUUGGAAUAAUUUCUUCGCAUCAAGUAUCCCAUAUUGACCACAACAAUAUCAGUUUAGGCAUUGCUUCGUCUACAUCGGAAGAUAACCUGCUAUGUUGAGCAGAACAUAUUGUGCCUUCCGUUUAAUUUAUAGAAGAGCAAGUAGUGCUGUCAACUCUCUUUUGAGUCAAGAAGACACAAGAAAUUCCACCAUGAAAGCAUAUUGUAGAACCAAGAGUGAAGAUCGUGUGGAAAUUCAGUUUCAAUAUGUAGAUCCUGUUAUAGGGUUGGACCGUUGGUUCAAUUUCAAUAGAUCAAUGGAUGAUAAUGUGCAACAAAUUAAAGAAAGAAUAGUUACAAAUAUUGACAAGGCUUUUUUAAAGUACAAGAAAAAAAAACUGAAGAAGUUGCCUACGGAUCCCCUGGAUGAGUUGAAGUUAGAAGUCCAACUGUUGCAGGGCUGUGAAAUAAUAGGUCCAGAGGUGACUUGUAGAAAUUUGCUUAUUAUGCCAGAUGUUGUAAUUCAAGUAAAUGGUCAAUUAUACCAUUUAGAUGUUGACCCUCCUACAGUAAAAACUCUCAAGCUCCCUACUUCAAUUAUGGCAGGGUAUCAAGUUUAUCUAAGCAAAUUUGAAGUAGAGUAUUGUAUAACAAGUGAAUGUGAACUAAUUUGGUACAAGAGCCAUGAGCCUAUAAAUGUCGCCCCAGAAGAUAGUUCUGAAACUUGGGUUCAAGUUGGAACAGGAUUCUCCUACUCUACUUCAAACUCAGACAUUGGCAGCUGGCUCAAAGUAAAAUGUAUUCCAAAGAAUUCAUCUAGAGUAGGAUUUCCUGAAUGUGCAAUCUCUUCCCAAGUAGUCGAAGCUGGACCUGGCCAGUGUCCUUUCGACAUCCGUCACAAUUUUACAAAAGAAUCAAUGGGCAAUACAGGUUUUCGGGUAGUGACCUACAAUAUCCUUGCCGAUCUAUACACCGAUUCUGAAUAUACACGCAAAGUUCUUCACCCCUACUGUCCUCCAUACGCGUUGGCAAUUGACUAUCGGAAGCAACUUAUCUUAAAAGAAUUAAUUGGAUACAAUGCUGAUAUAAUUUGUCUCCAAGAAGUUGAUGGUAAAGUCUUUGAUUCAGAUUUGAAACCUAUUUUCUCUUCAUUGGGUUUCGGAGCUGAAUUCAGCAAAAAAGGUGGACAAGUGAGUGAAGGAAUGACAUGUUUAUUCAAUACGUCCAAAUUUCGGCUGGUUGAAUCAUGUAGCCAUAUUUUGGCCGAAGAGUUGCCGAAAAAUCCAUUAGUUAAUGAUUUAUGGGAAGCUGUGCAAAAAAAUGAAGAUUUGUCUAAACGAAUCAUUGACCGUACUACUUCUUGUCAUCUUCUUGUCUUGGAGUCGCUGUUCAACGGUAAACGUGUAGUUGUAGCUAACACGCAUCUUUAUUUUCACCCAAAUGCGGACCACAUUCGUCUCCUACAAUCAUGUGUAGCUCUGCGCUUAGCACAAAAUUUGCGAAAUUGUCAAUUGGAACUUGGAAAAGAAGUGUCCCUUUUAUUUUGCGGGGAUUUUAAUAGUACUCCAGGAUCCGGUGUCUUUGAACUGAUGACAUUACAACGCAUAGAUCAUGACAACGAGGCGUGGUCAAGCAAACCAGAAGAAGCAGUGCGGGACUUAUCUCUUCAUAACCCAAUUGCGAUGGAAACUGCCUGUGGCACUCCUCCUUUUACUAAUUAUACUAGUGGAUUCAGUGGUUGUCUUGACUACAUUUUUUUUGAAAAAUCUAAGCUUGUCGUUGAACAGGUUGUCCCCCUUCCCAGUCUAGAGGAAGUUACUCGACACUGUGCGCUCCCCAGUAUAGUGUUUCCUUCGGAUCAUAUUGCCUUGAUCGCCGACCUCAAAUGGGUGUGAUUUUAACUGCCGUUUGAACUAUCUAGCAAAUACAUCAUGGAAGGCUUCUCUAAAUAAAUGU